GGGAUCCGGGGGAGGGCCGCGGGGAUUCCGCGUCGAGAGUCAGGCCGGGUGAGGAAGGCAGAACUCAAGGGGGGAGACUCGGGAUCCUUCACUCGUUUACCUCCGUCGGGGAACCGCCCCAGCCAAGAACGGGUGCUGCUGGCUUCCUGCCGUGCCGCCGUCCUCCUUCCAGCAAGCAGAAUCGGUAGAUUUGCCAUCAGGAGGCUUUAAAACCAGAGGCUGGAGGACGUUCUCUCCCUGUCUGCAGCGGGACUGCCAGUGAUGUAGCCAUUGAAGGACUCUCUCAAGGUGGCUGGGCUUCCGUAUGAGCUCUGGCACUUCUCCUAUGCCAAAUGUAGCUGACUAAUCCACGUGGGAAUGUUUCUGUAAAAGGGGAGAAGCCCAACCCAGUCUGUUUAUAAAUUGGAUGAGCAGACGGGUGCCUAAGCAGCACUAGGAACGAUGGAGCUGCCAAAGGAGCUGCUGGACAUGUGCUCAGAAGCAUUGAUGUGAUACUCUCGGGAUUGUAGGCUCCUUAUUCCAGAGAGGCUGCAACUAGCUCUGAAAACCACAAGGAAUGCUGGCAUACUGCUGGGAUGGAAAGGCAGCAUCGUCUGUGGUUUUCAACACAAGCAUGUGUCUGAUUAGGAACUGUUAGUUCAGCCCACAUUGGGCUUGCUUUCAGCAUGUUUUUGACGGGAAUAACAAAGCACCAGCGUCCCUGUUCUCUUGAGAGACAAAAACCAGAAAAGCAAAAUGAGAGUUUAAGGUCUAAGAGUUUGCCAGUUCUGAAUGGCUCUUCUUUCCGGAUUAACAUCACGCAAAGUGCUCUCAUUACAACCAAGAAGACCUUCUUACAGAGUUUCCAGGGAUGCUCUGAUCAGAAAGGUUGCCUUGACCCUGACCCUGCUGUUCCUGGGCCUAUGGUGUCUUGUACAGCUUCUAGCUUUUCAAAAAUUGGAAGUUUAACUGAAAGAACAGAUGGCAAUAACUUUGCUAGCAGGAGCCAAGGAGUUUCCCCAGCUUCCACACUCCUAGUGAUCCCUGGCAGAAAAUUUCUCAGCAAAGUAUUGAUAGAUUCUCGGUUCUUCUUGGUUUGCAUGUGCUUUCUGACAUUUAUUCAGUCCCUAAUGGUGUCUGGCUAUUUAAGCAGUGUCAUCACCACCAUUGAGAGGAGAUACAGUCUGAAAAGCUCUGAGUCUGGGUUGCUGGUCAGCUGCUUUGAUAUCGGUAGCCUGAUGGUAGUGGUGUUCAUCAGUUACUUUGGGGGCCGAGGGCGAAGACCUCUCUGGCUUGCCAUAGGCGGGUUCUUUAUUGCUCUUGGGGCUGCCAUAUUUUCUUUACCUCAUUUCAUCUCUCCACCAUAUCAGAUCCAGGAACUGAACUCCUCUGUCUCUAAUGAUGGUUUGUGUAUUAUUGGCAAUAUAACAGGCAAAGACCAAGUGGAGUCACCAGCCUGUGCUGAGGAUUCUGGGGGAAAAGACCACUCACUUUAUGUAGCUUUAUUUAUUUGUGCCCAAAUUCUUAUUGGCAUGGGCUCCACACCCAUCUAUACCUUGGGACCAACCUAUUUGGAUGACAAUGUCAAGAAAGAAAACUCUUCACUCUACUUAGCCAUAAUGUAUGUAAUGGGAGCUCUUGGCCCUGCAGCAGGAUAUUUAUUAGGAGGAGUUCUUAUUGGGUUUUAUGUUGAUCCUAGAAGUACUGUUCAAAUUGACCAGAGUGACCCUCGAUUCAUUGGUAACUGGUGGAGUGGAUUCCUUCUUUGUGCCAUUGCAAUGGUCCUUGUGAUACUCCCAAUGUUUACUUUCCCAAAAAAACUUCCACCUCGCCAUAAGAAAAAGAAGAAAAAGAUGAAGAAGUCUGAUGUUUCAAGUGAUGAUGAAAUUGUGAAAGAGAAAGCAAAUAGCAAAAGUCAAGUAGACAAUGAAGUUCCUGCUUCAAUGGGAUUUGGAAAGAAUGUUAAAGAACUUCCAAGAGCAGCUGUAAGGAUCUUAAGCAACGUGACAUUCCUUUUUGUGAGUUUGUCAUACACAGCUGAGUGUGCCAUUGUUACUGCUUUCAUUACCUUCAUUCCCAAGUUCAUCGAGUCACAGUUUGGUAUCCCAGCUUCCAAUGCCAGCAUCUACACUGGUGUGAUCAUUGUCCCAAGUGCUGGUGUUGGUAUUGUCAUUGGAGGCUACAUUAUUAAAAAACUCAAACUUGGUGCCAGAGAGUCUGCAAAACUGGCGAUGAUCUGCAGCGGUGUGUCCUUGCUGUGUUUUUCAACACUCUUCAUUGUUGGAUGUGAAAGUAUUAAUCUUGGGGGCAUUAAUAUACCAUACACCACAGGUCCUACUCUCACCAUGGCACAUAGGAAUCUGACUGGGAGUUGCAAUGUCAACUGUGGCUGUAAAAUCCAUGAAUAUGAACCUGUCUGUGGAUCAGAUGGAAUCACAUAUUUCAACCCUUGCCUGGCUGGCUGCAUCAACAGUGGAAAUCAUACUGCAGGGAUAAGGAAUUAUACUGAAUGUGCCUGUGUUCAAAGUCGACAAGUUAUCACACCACCUACGGUGGGACAGCGCAGCCAGCUAAGAGUGGUGAUUGUCAAAACGUAUCUCAAUGAGAAUGGUUAUGCUGUGUCUGGAAAGUGUGAUCGAACCUGCAAUACGCUCAUCCCAUUCCUUGUUUUUCUCUUCAUAGUUACACUUAUCACAGCAUGUGCCCAGCCAUCUGCAAUCAUAGUAACACUCAGGUCAGUAGAAGAUGGGGAGCGGCCUUUUGCCCUUGGGAUGCAGUUUGUCUUGUUAAGAACCCUUGCAUACAUUCCUACACCAAUUUACUUUGGAGCAGUCAUAGACACAACCUGCAUGUUGUGGCAGCAGGAGUGUGGAGUGCAAGGUUCAUGUUGGGAGUAUGAUGUGACGUCAUUUCGUUUUGUCUAUUUUGGACUAGCAGCGGGUCUCAAAUGCUUGGGAUUCUUGUUCAUUUCCCUUGCCUGGUACUCACUGAAGUAUAAAGAGGAGAAACUGCUAAGGCAUAGGAGGAGGGCUUCGUCUAUCCACACUGUGAGUGAGUUGGUGGCUAAUGCUGGAAUUCAGCAGAACUGUGCAAGGACUAGAUCCUGCCCUACUUUUAGCUCUCGCAGUGAACGUACUGAAGAUCUUGGUCUGAGCAGUGGAAUGCAGUAUGUAGCACAGACAUAUUCUGGACCCCUUUCAGAAGCAAUAAAUAUCUGCAUUGAAAAGACUGCAGAAGAAGCUGAGAUAUAAGCUGCAGUUUUUGGCAACAGCAAAUUGCUUUGUAGGUAAUUUAUGUAUGGCGCCUUCUGAAACACCUGUGCCUUCUCUUUCCUAAUCUAAUCUGCAAAAGAUGAUAUAACACAGCAUAUUGCACAGAAAGAACUGUGACUCAUCUGAGGGCUGGCUCCCUUAGACCAACCCAAGUUGCUCCUUCUUCCCUCAAAAAAUUGAGUUUUAAAGUAUUUGAGGACUUCUGUUGUGUCCUCUAAAUCUUGACAUGUUCAAAUCAAGUGUUACAGCGGAAACAGCUCCUAAACUGUGAAAGGCUAAAGAUGACUGUGAUGAGAUAAAUUAUUGUUUUGUUUUCAAGCACAACUAAACUCUGACUCUCUCACCUAUGCA